AGAAUUACAAUCGAUUUUGUGCAGUCGAUAAGAGCAUUAACGAACAGGUGACGACAUCGUUGUCAUACUCGUGAUUUCAUAACACGCCAUUUUCUUUGUGUGAAGUGUUAGGGCCAGAAGGAAUACGCGUCCUGUUUUCUAUUAAAUUCGAGUCAUUAUGUCAUCCCGCAAGAAAGUACUUUUAAAAGUAAUUAUUCUGGGAGAUUCUGGAGUAGGUAAAACAUCAUUGAUGAAUCAAUAUGUUAACAAAAAGUUUAGUAAUCAGUACAAAGCUACUAUAGGAGCAGAUUUUCUCACCAAAGAAGUUAUGGUAGAUGAUAGGGUAGUUACUAUGCAGAUUUGGGAUACGGCAGGUCAAGAAAGAUUUCAAUCGUUGGGAGUUGCAUUCUAUAGAGGCGCAGAUUGUUGUGUAUUGGUAUUUGAUGUUUCUGCACCAACAAGUUUCAAAUCUUUAGAAUCAUGGAGAGACGAGUUUUUGAUCCAAGCAUCUCCACGAGAUCCAGAUAAUUUUCCAUUUGUUGUUUUGGGGAAUAAGGUUGAUCUAGAAUCUAAAUCGGUAUCUAGUAAGAGAGCACAACAAUGGUGUCAAUCCAAAAACAAUAUUCCAUAUUUUGAGACCAGUGCAAAAGAGGCUAUUAAUGUGGAACAGGCAUUCCAAACGAUAGCUAAGAAUGCUCUAGCUCAAGAAAGUGAGGUGGAACUUUAUAAUGAGUUCCCAGACCAAAUUAAGCUGACCAAUGACCAAAGAAAUAAUGGUAAAGGGGAUUCUUGUGCAUGCUAGGUCGUGGAUCGACAAAAAUUCAUAUACAAGCAUAUGGAUGCAGAGGUCAGGUCGUACGUUUACAUAUUGGAAUAUAAAUAAUAUUCACAAGUUUUAUAAUAAUUUUGAUCAGCCUUUAGGAAGUCUGGGAGCAUAUAUCUCGGUUUUCAUAUCUUACAUAUUCAUUAAUCUCAUCAGUAAUUUUAAGAUGUUUUAUCAAACUUAUUGAGUAAAGCAAUAAAGAUUUAAGAUGCAUAUAUUUUAUAUAGAAUAAAUUCUAAACAAAAUAUCUUUUUUUAAACAUUGAAACACAGAAUAGCAUACCGAGAAAUAUUUAUCUGACUUCCUAUAAAAAGAAAAGAAUAUAUGUUGUGAUUAUAUCACGCAUAUUAUAUAUUUGACUCUUUAGAUGGGUCUUUUAUCUUUACUCCAUCUGUCCUAUUGAAUAGUUCACUCAGCAUAGUAUUUUUAAACAUAUAAUGCUCUCUCUUAUUGGUCAUGGUGAAACGUAUGGACUGUCCUAUAUAUCUGCAUCUCCUAAUGAUUCAUUGUUGAUGUCCUUUGUCAUAGGAUGACACUAUGAAGUUUUCACAUAAUAAAAAUCGUUAUUGCGCGAGGAGGUUGACGUGUAGAUCGGGAAUACAGGUUGCGUCAGAUUUGAGAAAUCAUGCAGAAGAUUGCCCAUAAUAUAUUAAGAACUAUCGCAUUUAGAGAGGAGCCUUGCCACGUAGCGAAGUUUUGUGAGUAGCUUUUAAGAAUAUCGACCAUUUGCGGCUUCUCAUCUGGAGAUUAAAAUUUACUAUUAUUGGUACAUCAAGGAAUAAUAGGAAAUAUCAAUACUCAUGUUGCAUGUAUUCUCUUUAUAUUUAAAUUCAAGAUACAAAGAAUGUGAUAGCGUUACUAUUUAAUAAUCAUUGAAUUAAGCAGUUUUUGCUGUUUUUUUUUUUUUUUUUUUCCUUAAUAACAAGUAUAACUUUUAGUCGCAAUAUUUGCAAUAUUUCAUUCAAACAAGUUUUAUUUUAA